AUGUCGUGCAUCGAAAGUCUCUCGCCGGUGUUGGAUCUCGCUGCUCCCGGAUCUGCGGUGAUGGUCAGGAGCUUUGGCCGGCUCGGUUCAGCUGCACUGGCCCCAGACUCCCUUCACCCAGAUACCUCGCUCCCUCCUAGAAGUUCUGCUAGGUCCGGUCCCACAUCAUUUGCCAUGAUGGGGGGGCGCCCGGGAUCAUCGUCGUUCGUCCCUGAUCUCGCACACCUGGACUUGACACUGCCUGCACAUAGCUUCGGCAGCUCUGACUUGCCACCGCUGCUCAGGAGCCUCGCCUGCAUGGACUCGGCUUUUCUGCUGUGUGGACUGUCUUGCUUCGCGUCUUCUCUCUUGGCGCUGGAUUGGGCUCACUUGGGUCUGGUGGCGUUGCUGCGGAGCUUCACUUGGACAGGCGCCCCAGUAUUAGUCCCAGACUCUUUGCAAUCGGGGUUUCCCACGUUCCUCCGGAGCCAUGCUCGUUCGGGAUUUGCUUCCUCGGCAUGUGGGGCAAUCAAAACCGACUUGACGACGUCUCUCCUGGAUUUUGGCCUUUUGGACUCUUUGGCGUCCUUGCAAUCGCUUGCCAGACCUGGAGCAGUCGUGCUGGCCCUGGACCUUUUGCAUCUAGGCUCUAGCAUGUUCUUUCACAACAUGGCCAGAUCAGAUGCACCUUUCUCGACCCUGGACAGGGUUCGCUUCGAGGUUCUGCUGCUGGUCUCAGAUCUUGUGCAUUCCGGCUUCCUGUUGUCACCUCACAGCUCUGCGCAUGUCGGUGCGGCAAUGCUGGCGCCCCAGUGUGCCAGGAUUGGUCCACUCUCGCUUUUGUCGGACCUUGCCAUUUCAGAUUUCUCGGUGCCUGUUCGCAGUCUUACGCACUCAGACUUGGCGGCUUCAGCACCCGAUCUUCUCCAUCCGGGCCCCAUGCUGCCGGCGCAAUCCUUCUCGAGCUUUGGCUCUUGUCUGUUGCUGCGAAUGUUUGCAUGUUCUGGUUUGGCAUUCCCGCCAUGUGGCAUGAGCUGUUUAGAGUCUUUAUUGUCAGUUCCAGACCACACUAUUCUUGGCUUCGCUUUGCCCACCAGAAGCUCUGUGCGAGCUGGCCCGGCUCCUUCCGCUCUGGACUUUCUGCACUCAGGCCCUACGCUAUCCUCGCGGCAUAUGGGUCGUCCGGGCUCCGCUGUGCCUUCGUCCGGCCUCUCACGGCUAGAUGCCUCGAUACUUUCGUCGGACUUCGCCCUCUUGGAGUCUCUUGCGGCAGUGCGAUCCAUGACCCGGCCGGGACUUGCCCUGUCAGCUUUGGACUCCUUACAUCUAGGCAGCCUUCUGUCGCCCCGCAGCCUGGGCUGA